AGAGAGAAGUAUUGCGGAGCGAGAGUAAAAAAAAUAUUUUUUUUUUUAUUUCUCUGCGUAGAAAUGUUUGUUUUCUAGUUUCGAAACUGCUGAACGUGCGUUACUUCUGUCAAAAAACAACAAACUUUCCUCCAUGUGGAUAUUUUUUUCGAAAUCUGGAUCUCUGUGGUUUGACAUUUAACAAGGAUUAAAAGAAAGAAGGUGUCUGAAGAAGUAUAGCUUCACACCGGGGGAUUUUCACACCUUCACACCGGGAGACCUGCACCUCUCCUCCCGUCCAGACCCCGGCCCCCCCUCCCCCCACCCGGGCUCAAGCAUGAUGUCUUACCUCAAACAGGCCCCGUACGGGAUGAACGGGAUGGGCCUGAGCUCCAUGGACCUGCUGCACCCGUCGGUGGGAUACCCCGGAAACCCGCGGAAGCAGCGCCGCGAGCGGACCACUUUUACGCGGACGCAGCUGGACAUCCUGGAGUCGUUGUUCGGCAAGACGCGCUACCCGGACAUCUUCAUGAGGGAGGAGGUGGCGCUGAAGAUCAACCUGCCCGAGUCCAGAGUGCAG